AAUUAUGAUAGGUAACUCAUCCUCAAACAUCCCCCGCCCCUAAAAAACUCUCACUCAUAUAAUUUAAAUUCGAAGAAUCUGUUACACCAAAGGUAAAUCACAAAUCCCAUUUCUCUUCCUUACAUCUUUUCUUUCCUUUUCAACAAUUGCAUCUUUUGCUUUUGAUCCCAAAUUCUGGGUUUCCUCUUCUGUCCAUCAAUCAAUUCAUACUAGUUACUCGAAUUCGUUAAUUUUAAGUUGAAGAAAAAUGGGCGGUGGUAGGGAAGGUGAAUCAAGUGACAAAGGGCUGUUUUCUCAUCUUGCUGGCUAUGCCGCCGGACAUUAUCCUCCGCCUGGAUCCUACCCUCCACAAGGAUAUCCUCCUCAAGGAUAUCCCCCACAAGGAUACCCACCGGCUGGAUAUCCUCCACCAGCGGGAUAUCCUCCUCAUGGCGGAUACCCACCUGCAGGAUAUCCUCCUCAUGGAGGAUACCCUCAUCCACCUCAUGGUGGAUAUCCACCAGCUGGUUAUCCUGGACACGGUUCGCAUGGACCUGGGAUGGGAGGAUUAUUAGCCGGGGCUGGGGCUGCGGCUGCUGCUGUUUACGGGGCUCACCAUUUGUCACAUGGAGCUCAUCAUGUUGCACAUGGGGGAUACUAUGGCCAUGGUCACGGAAAAUUCAAACAUGGGAAAUUUAAGCACGGGAAAUUUGGGAAGCGGUGGAAGCAUGGCAUGUUUGGUAAACAUAAGGGCAAGUUCUUUGGCAGGAAGUGGAAGUAAAUAGUCCCGUCUCCCAUGUCCCAUACGAAUCUUAUCAUACUAGUAUGCUCUUUUAACAGUUACUGACUUGGUUGCCCUCUAAUAAACAUGGAUUUGUUUCGCUUGUUAUUUGUGCCUGGCAUGCUAAUAUUAUCACAGUGCUUAUAUAUGUGCUGUUGGUUUUAUAUAUAUUGGAAAUGGAGUUGCUAUGGGUGUGUCAUAUAUUGUAUA